AUAACACUUGCAAAACUUUGAAUGCUUCUUGUCAAUCUCUGAGCACCUUGUAGCACCUUGUGAAACACAUCUGCUGAAUUGCACACCAGAUGGGGUCCUGGUUCUUCUGCCUUUUCAUCAUGGCAUGCUUAAACCUAAAAACAACUUACUAGAGAAAUGAUGAGAAAACCUUCGUAGACAAGUGAACUUUGAAGCUGGAGAUUUGACUUCACAGCAAAAAUCCUAAUCCACUCCCUCCAUGAACUCUAUGUUUUUGAUCGACAAUAAAAAAAAAGGAAUUUUAUUCUAAGUCAAUACAUAAAGUUAAUCAAUUACUACAGUGCCACACUUUUACUUUCUACAUAGAGAUCAGAGUUCGAUGUAAUAAGUAUUUCAUCAGAGACAACACAUAUUGACCUGACCCUUUACAGACAGUACAGAGCAGAAAGUUCUCUUCUUCACACGAUAUCUUUUUUACUUGGAAACAAAUUAAAAACUUACUGACCGUCCGCGUUGGCAGAAUGAAUUUGUUUUUUUCCAUAUUUGGUUUCUUUGUUGAUUGGGAUUUAAAGAGUCUGCUGCUGUUUGCAGUGGUUUUCAUCAUCACUGCGGAUUAUGUUAAAAACCGCCGACCACUUGGCUUCCCUCCAGGACCCAGAGCUCUACCAAUUGUGGGAAACAUAUUUACAUGGGACCAAAGCAAGCCCCAUGAGAAGCUGAGUGAGCUGGCAAGGACUUAUGGACACGUAUACAGUCUAAGAUUUGGUCAGAAAUGGGCAGUGGUGUUAAAUGGAUUUGAUGCUAUGAAGGAGGGUUUGGUUGUAAACGGAGACAGCAUGGUGGAUCGCCCAGAAUUUGCUUUGCAGGACGAAAUAGGAGGCGGAUUAGGUGUUAUAUUCAGUAAUGGAAACAUCUGGAAACAGCAGAGACGCUUUGCACUUUCAACCCUCAAAUACUUUGGGUUCGGGAAGAAGUCUCUUGAGCCUGUCAUCCUGGAUGAAUUCACACAUUGCGCAGAAGAGAUCAGAGGCUAUAGAGGAAAGCCUGUGAAUCCACACCUCAUCAUCAACAACGCCGUCUCCAACAUUAUCUGCCAACUGGUCUUUGGUCACCGCUUUGAGUACGGGGAUGAGAAGUUCAUAAAACUGAUGCUGCUGUUUGGCAAGGCACUCCAGAUUCAUGGUUCUACAUGGGCACAGCUCUACAAUUCCUUUACUCUGCUGAUGAGAUUGUUGCCAGGUCCACAUCAGACCGUCAAGCAGAUCUGGGACGACGUGAAGAAGUUCAUACGAGAAGAGCUGAACGAGCACAAGAAGAACUGGGAUCCUUCAAACAGCAAAGAUUACAUCGACUGCUACCUGCAGGAGAUUGAAACGAAUAAAGCGCAGAAUGACAACACAUUUGAUGAAGAAAAUUUGAUCAUGUGUGUCCUGGAUCUGUUUGUGGCUGGAUCAGAAACCACAUCCACCACCCUGCGAUGGGCAUUUCUCUACAUGGCUAAAUACCCUGAAAUCCAAGAGAAGGUCCAAGCAGAGAUAGACAGAGUAAUCGGACAGUCCAGACAGCCAUCCAUGGAGGAUCGAACCAACCUUCCCUACACAGAUGCCGUAAUCCAUGAGAUCCUUAGGAUGGGCAACAUAGCCCCCCUUGCAUUGCCACACUCCACCAACAAAGAAGUCCAGCUAGGAGGUUACACCAUCCCAAAGGAAGUGCUGAUAAUCCCGAAUCUAGCUUCAGUGCUGUUUGACAGGAAAGAAUGGGAAACACCUUUCACCUUUAACCCGGGACACUUCCUGAACGAGGAGGGCAAGUUUGCAAAAAAAACAGCUUUCAUUCCUUUCUCUGCUGGAAAGCGUGUGUGUCUGGGAGAAAACCUGGCCAGGAUGGAACUUUUUCUCUUUUUCACGUCCUUCAUGCAGCACUUCACUUUCUCAAUGCCGGCUGGAGUAAAGGCUGUGAUGGAUUACCGUGCAGGAAUCACUCUGGCACCAAAACCAUAUGAAAUAUGCAUAACACCACGCUAAGACCAAUGUUUUCAUUAUUUUAAAGAAACGCAGGAGCAAAAAACAUACCUGUCUUCCCCUUGUCCCCACAAACAUCCCUACACAAGUCAGAGUAGUCAAUUUCUGCUGUUUAAAUGGAUACUAUGAUUUUUUUUUUUUUACAAUUGUGAACAAUUCUACAUAAUUGCAGAUUUUGUUUAGAGGAGUGUCUCAGAAAAAAAAGACCUAGAAAAAACAGUUUCAGGUAGGUUUGGAAGAGCGAUCAAGCCAUUUGUAAAUGAUUUGGUGUUCAUCAUUCAACAAACAGGAACAAUGAUUGACAUACUGAAAAUUGUGAAAACAUUUCCAAUCUUUCAAUGUGUGAAUACAAAUUCCUCCAGAAUUGAGAGAAAAUGCAAAACAAACCAAUAACUACACCGAGGCUUUCAGAGGCCACAAGCAACAUUUCAGUUAAAAAAUUAAAAAGACAGACGUUUUAUGAGUGUACAGGUAGAAAACAAACAAAACAAUGAACAUAUGUUUCAGCGAGAGAAGAUCCAAAGUGAAGAAGAACCUUGUCAGCAUUUUUCAGAGAAAUUAAUAGGAAUAUGGCAGAACAGAAAAGGUUUGCAUAGCUGCUUCAUUGCAACAGAUCUAAAUGAGUCAACAUUUAACAUUCAUACAGUGUAUUUUGCUUAUUUUGGUUUUGCAGUUUUAAAUUGCUUGCUUGUUGUGAUUUGAAGCUCUACUGUUCUCCUCCCAGAAUAUAUUAAAAUUGUAUUUGCUUUACUUUGAACUGAA